AUGAAUGAGGAUGAUGCACCUUUCAUUCAAUCAUUGUUCAAUGAUCCAUUGGUUGUGGAGUUGGUAGGCAGUAGAGGUCUUGAGACAUUGGAUGCUUGUCGUAACUACCUACUAAACAAUGUAAUGGAGAGCUAUAAGAACAAUGGAUAUGGAGUAUGCAAGAUUGUACUCAAAGAGACUAUGAAGCCAAUUGGUACAACAGCAUUUGUAAAGCGUCCAUGGAUGGAGCGUGAGAGCGAGAUAAACAUUGGCUAUCUGAUGUUGGAUGGAUAUCGUGGUCGAGGAAUUGUAUACGAAGCGGCUCAAGCAUGUCUUGACAAAGUAAAGGAUGAUCCCAAGUUUGAAGACAUUGUUGGUACAUCGAGAACAAACAACGGUCCAUCCAUUGCCAUCCUAAAGAAACUUGGUCUAACCUUCAAGAAACACUACUAUCAAUACAAUAUCCAACACUCAUACUUUGUCCUCAAUCCAAAGUAUCUCUAA